AUGGCCAACAUCAAGCUCUACGCUGCCCUUGUGAUCGUUAUAGAACGAUUACCGCAAAAGGUCCAGGCACUGAUACUGGUGAUCUUAAUCGUUGUUACUAUUUACCAGAUCAGCAGGCCACAAGUUGACCUCGACACGGAUCACGAACUCCCAUCGGCGCCAUCUGAAGACCACCGAAGUUUGGAACCGGCAGCAACGACCCCAGCCUUUACCCGGCCACCAUUACGCCGUCGCAACUGUUUCGUCCUUGGACCGAACGGAAUAACUUCAGAGCCACUAUCGUCCGACUGGGAGUUUGAUUCAACUUACACAUCUGACGCUGAAGGCUACGAGACCGCACCCGAAGACGAAGCCCCAGCCAGGACCAUGGCAGAGAAGAGAGCCCUCGCGUACUUUGAGGAUCGGCUCCGCCAGCACCGCGAAUCGGUAAGCUCCGAGACAAGCGCCAGCCCUGCCGUGCAGACAUCACUGACCGACGCCCAGAUCAGGGAGGACCACUCCGACGUUGAGGACGCCGAAAUGAUCAAGCGCCGCAACGUCAAGAUGCGCGAGGAGGGCGUCCGCGUCAACGUCAGCUACUCCCAGCUCACCUCUUUGAAGCCGGCUCCCGCCCCGCGACCAGCGCCGGCAGCCUUCAGCAUCACCGCCAUCACCGAGGGCCUGCGGGGAGGUGCCUCGGGACCAACAUCCCCUCCCUCGUCCUGCUUCUCACCGCCGAGCUCGUACGUCUCCACCACACCGUGCCUUUCGGGUCUCCAGUCCCCGGCGCCAACACCCAUCACCGGCACCACGACGCCCGAGCUGCCAACCGGGCCGGCGUCCGUCCCCCCCACCAGCGGCCAGGCGGGCGACGAGACUCUGUGCAGGAUCGACGAGAAGAUGCUUGCCGUACCCGCCGACGCGGUCAGCAGGCGGCUGCUCCGCGAUGGUAGGGGUAUCCUGCACCGGAGGAACAGGCUGCCGAGGAGUGCUUCGGACGCGGAGGGGGCUGUUCAGCGGACGCCCUCUCCUGUUGAGGCUGGGCUUCAGACCUCGAAGUCCGACGAGAUGUGGUAUCCUAGCGAAAUGAACGAGUAA